AGAAGCGAAGUCAUGAUUGAUAAUUUUUGGACAGAACAUAGGCAAUUGUUCACACUGUAACGCCAAGAACAGAAGCUAGGCAAUUGUUCACACUGUAACGCCAAGAACAGAAGCUCACUCGUUCAAACACUUCAACGAGCAGAAGCUUAAUUCCGUCCAAAUUUUGCGGUCUUAAGAAAGUACGGUGCAAACCUUUCCAAGAAUAUCAUACGGAUUUUUUCCUACUCCAGGUUCAGGUAGGGACUCUGAUCAACUCUGAUCAACCCCUCCGUUAGGAUUUCGGGGUUCAGCUGUGAGUUGGAAAGGGACUUUGAAAGAUGAGGAAGAUGGACCAGAACUUGGACAAUAUUUAAGGAGAACAAGCGGUGGUGGUGGCGAAAAAGGAGAAGGAGCUGCGGCAGUAAGUGAUGUGGUACAAAUUCUUGGGUCGGAUAAUAGUUGAUUGGAAGAGCAGAUGGGUGAAGUCUGACUGGAAAAGGAGUGAAGGGAAAGCAGGUUCAUUUAAGCAUACAGCUGGGAAAUGGGCUGGUGAUCCUGAUGAUAAAGGUAUUCAGACGUCAAGCGAUGCCAAACAUUUCGCCAUCUCUGCUAAGAUACCAGAAUUUAGCAACAAGAACAGAACGUUGGUUGUACAGUACUCUAUAAAGUUUGAGCAGGACAUUGAGUGUGGUGGAGGUUAUAUAAAGCUUCUCUCUGGAUAUGUCAACCAGAAGAAAUUUGGGGGAGACACCCCUUACAGUAUGAUGUUCGGACCGGAUAUCUGUGGUACACAGACGAAGAAACUUCAUGUUAUACUUUCCUACCAAGGCCAGAAUUAUCCCAUCAAAAAGGAUCUACAAUGUGAAACAGACAAAUUAACCCAUUUCUACACAUUCAUUCUUAGACCUGAUGCAUCAUACAGCAUCUGGAUUGAUGGUCGAGAAAGGGAUUCUGGAAGCAUGUAUACGGACUGGGAUAUCCUUCCUCCUCGGAAAAUUAAAGAUGUAAAUGCAAAAAAGCCUGCAGAUUGGGAUGAUAGAGAAUAUAUAGAGGACCCAAACGAGGUCAAACCAGAGGGAUAUGACUCUAUUCCAAGAGAGAUUCCUGACCCCAAAGCUAAAAAGCCUGAUCACUGGGAUGAUGAAGAGGACGGUAUCUGGAGACCACCAAAAAUACCUAAUCCAGCGUAUAAGGGUCCAUGGAAACGAAAGAAAAUAAAGAACCCUAAUUAUAAAGGUAAAUGGAGGACUCCUUGGAUUGAUAAUCCAGAAUUUGAAGAUGAUCCUGACCUCUAUGUGCUGAAGCCUAUCAAAUAUGUUGGGAUCGAAGUUUGGCAGGUGAAGGCAGGUUCUAUAUUUGACAAUAUACUGAUAUGCGAUGAGCCAGAUUAUGCAAAGAAAGUGAUUGAGGAAGUCUUUGCUAAUAGGGAGGCUGAAAAGGAGGCUUUUGAGGAAGCAGAGAAAGUGAGAAAAGCAAAAGAGGAAGAGGAAGCCCGAAGAGCAAGAGAGGAAGGUGAAAGGAGGAGAAGAGAAAGGGGUCGGGAUAGGGAUAGGGACAGGCAUAGAGAUAGAUACAAGAGGCGCUAUCGCCGUGAUUACGAGGAUGACUAUCAUGAUGAACUUUGACUUGGUGUUAAAGGCAAAUCUACAUCUUUCACUCUGAGAGACAGAAAUCUAGCUUCAUUCAUUUGGGCUUGUGUGUUCUUCCUGUUGUAUUUUACUCUUAACAGUAGACAUAGUGCAAUGUGUUAGGCGCAAGACAGUUUUAUUUUUCCAUCUUAUUUAGCUUCUUUGCCAACCAAAACGUGGCUCGGUAUUCUUCAGUCUUUAACUAGAAAAAAAUUUAUGCUUAUCUUCUGUCAAUUUGCUUUUGUGCUGCCGGUGACAAAUUUACAGUGAAAUUUAUUUUGUAUCUGCCUAA